AUGUCCCUCCCCAUCCCUGCCGCCCCGGGCAGACGAGCCUCUGUCUCUGCCUCUGACCCUGCCAACCACAUCCCCAUCCCCGCCAACACCCGCGGCAUCCCCCAGACCUCCUUCAGCCCCCAGUCCCCUCCCACAGGUGCUUCUCCCAUCCAGAAGUUCUCCUCCUCCCCCUCGGGCAGCCACAUGCGCGGCACCUCCAUCGGCGGCGCUUUCCAGGGCUUUGCCCGCCAGUUGACCGCCUUCCUCCCCCCUAGUUACCCUACCGAACAGGGCCAUGAGAAACGACAGGGCAAGACAAGAAUCUUGUUGCUCGAAAACAUCAACACCGACGCUGCCAACUUUUUGAAGGCACAGGGCUACGAGGUCGACCACGUCACCAAGGCCUACUCUGAGGAGGAACUCUUGGCCAAGCUUCCCCACUAUCAAGCUAUCGGUAUCCGAUCCAAGACAAAGAUUACCGCCAAGGUCAUUGACGCCAAUCCCCAAUUGCUCGUCAUUGGUUGUUUCUGUAUCGGUACCAACCAAGUCGACCUCGAGCACGCCGCCAAGGCCGGUAUCGCCGUCUUCAACUCUCCCUUCUCCAACUCGCGAUCGGUCGCCGAACUGGUCAUUUCAGAAAUCAUUGCGCUGUCGAGGCAGAUCGUGGACCGUACCGCCGAGAUGAGGGCCGGUAUCUGGAACAAGGUGUCCAAGAACUGCUGGGAGAUCCGAGGCAAGACGCUCGGUAUUGUCGGUUACGGUCAUAUCGGCUCGCAACUUUCCGUCCUCGCCGAAGCGUUCGGUAUGACUGUCAUCUACUAUGACGUCGUGCCCAUCAUGCCCCUCGGUAGUGCUAGGCAAGUUGAACAUCUCGAUGACUUGCUCUCCAACGCCGACUUUGUGACACUGCAUGUCCCAGAGAUCCCCGAUACCAUCGGUAUGAUCGGUGCCGAGCAGUUCGCGCAGAUGAAGCAGGGCGCGUUCUUCAUGAACAAUGCCCGAGGAAAGGUUGUCGAUCUCUCUGCCCUUGCCGACGCUUUGGAGAGCAAGCACCUUGCUGGUGCCGCCGUCGACGUCUUCCCCAAAGAGCCCGGAUCCAACGGUCCCGGCUUUGACGGUGCCCUGGGCGACUUUAUCCCCAGGCUGAGAAAUGUCCCCAACCUCAUCCUCACUCCCCACAUUGGUGGUUCCACCGAAGAGGCCCAACGGGCGAUCGGUUCCGAAGUGGCCACCGCCCUGACCCGUUACCUCAACUACGGUACCACCCUUGGUGCCGUCAACUUCCCCGAAGUCGACCUUCGUGCAAUCACCACUGCCGACGAGAGACAUAUCCGGGUGUGCCAUGUGCACAGGAAUGAGCCCGGUGUGCUGAAGGGGAUCAACAACAUCCUGGCGGACCACAAUAUCGAGAAGCAAUUCUCGGAUUCCAAGGGAGAUAUUGCGUACUUGAUGGCCGACAUCAGUGGUGUCGGGCAAGAGGAAGUGGAAGGGCUGUACUCUGCUAUCAACGGGACAAAGUCCAACACCUUGACGAGACUUCUUUGUGAGUUUUUUGCUCUUUCCAUCUACAACUAG